AUGUAUAUUAAAUAUUUACUCUAUUUAACUGCAGUGAUUACUUCCGCAGCCGCAACCGAGCCAAAAUCUGUUUUUGCUCACUUUAUCGUGAGUAGUCCCCGGAUAAAAAAAAUAAAAAAAAGCCUAGUCUCUGAGCUGAAGCUGCAGGUCGGAAAUGCCGCGUCAAUGACAUUAGAUGAAUGGAAAGCCGAUAUAAAAUUGGCAAAGGAAGCCCACAUCGACGGGUUUGCCCUCAACAUUGCACCUCAGGAUAGUUACACAGACUCUGUACUGCAAAAAGCAUACAAAGCUGCGGGGGACACGGGGGGAUUUACGCUAUUUUUAUCAUUCGACUAUGCUUCCGGAGGGCCCUGGCAGCCUGACCGCGUGAUAAGAACGAUAAAUACAUAUAGGAACCAACCGGCACAGUUCCAAUAUAAUAAUAAACCACUGGUAUCAACCUUUGAGGGUGCGAGUAAUACCAAUGACUGGCCCGCAAUCAAAAGGGAAACAGGUUGCUUUUUUGUUCCGUCUUGGACAAGUUUAGGCCCGCAAGGCGUUAGAAAUGUCGUCAAUACUAUUGACGGAGCUUUCAGCUGGGAUGCUUGGGCUGUUGGGACAGAGGAAAAGACGCUUGAGGCCGAUAAAGCAUGGAUAGGCGCCAUUGGCAGCAAGCCUUAUAUGAUGCCUGUCUCGCCGUGGUUCUACACCAACCUUCCCCAGUGGAAUAAAAAUUGGCUCUGGCGCGGUGAUGACCUGUGGCAUGACCGCUGGGAACAAGUCAUCGAGUUGCAACCAACGUUUGUUCAAAUCAUUACAUGGAAUGAUUUCGGGGAAUCUCACUAUAUCAGUCCGAUCCACGAAAACGGCAUUCCUCACGGUGCCGAAUGGUACGUCCGUGACAAUCCUCAUGACGGAUGGCGAGCUCUCCUCCCCGACUACAUCGACAGAUAUAAGUCGGGCAAUUUGACAAUGAGACACCCCUCGCAGUCGCCAUCGCCAGAUAAAAAGGACAUUAUCUCUUACUGGUACCGCCGCAACCCUGCGAACUCUGGGAGUGCGGGAGGAACCAGAGGCAACAACCCUGCGAUGGGCCAGCCGGUUCUGAAUCCAUCAUCGCUCUCGCAAGACAGAGUGUUCCUUUCUGUUUUAGCCAAAGAACCGAGCGACGUCAGCGUUCAGAUUGGAAACUCGACGGCAACAAAAUUGAAAGCAAGUGUCGCUGGUAUAAAUCACUUCAGUGUUCCUUUCAAUGGCCGAACAGGCCGUGUGACUAUCGUGGUUUCGAGACGUGGGACUGAGAUUGUCCGCGCAAUGGGCCCCGAAAUCACCACGGAAUGUCAUGGUGGAAAAGUAAAUUGGAAUGCCGUUGCUGGUUCGAGUAUGGAUAAGAAGGAAAGGACUUGA